AGAAAUGGAGCCGCCGGAAGGACACUGCGACGGGAUGGCCGCUGACCAGCACACCGUGUGGAUUCUACUCGGAUAAUAACACUCCUUUUCAUUCGCUCACAGCCACACUGCACUGAACGACGAGCGAGGGACGUCGUUAGAGAGGCCGGGAGGAUGAAUGAAUAUUCCGUGACAAGCCGGUCUAGUCAGCCCAACCCAGUCCGAGCUGGGUGGGUUCAUCCGGCGUAAAAGCAGCCACCUUCCACCGGUGAUGUCUGCGUUCUGCCUCGACCUGAACACGCCCGGAGGUGUGAGUCCAGCACCACUGGAGCUGGACAGCGACACCAUGGAGCAGCGCCACAGCCCGGCGAGCCACCAGCCCGGCGGCCGCCCGAUGCUUCACGCCGGCUCCGGAGGCCUCGGCGUGGCGCUGGAGGAGGAGCUGGCCAUGCUGGGGGAGAAGCCGGGUGAGGAGGAAGAGCUCCCGGUGGUCCACAACGCAGACUUGCGGUCCCUCUUUCGCCAAAAGGAGAAAGAUUUGCUCCUGGCUGCCAAACUCGGCAAAGCUUUGUUGGAAAGGAACCAAGACUUGAGCAAGCAAUAUGAGAAAAUGCACAAAGAUCUCAACGACAAAUUAGAGCACUUGGAGCAGGAGAAGCAUGAGUUGCGUUGGCGUCUGGAAAGUCGAGAGGGGGUGUGGGAGAGUCGCGUGGCCGAGUUGGAGAGCGACGUUCAGCAGCUGCAAGGAGAUCUGGAGCGACACCAGGUCCAGUUGAGAGAAACCGACAGGGACAAAACCAAGGCCAUCAGUGAACUGUCAGAACAGAACCAUAGAUUGCGGGACCAACUUCGAAGGGCUGCUGAGGUGGAGAGGCAGCUAACCAUUCAGGUCCAUUCAUUACGAGAUGACUUCAGGGAGAAGAAUACGUCUGCAAGCCAGCACAUGACACGACUAGAAAUACUACAAGCUGAAAUUAAAAUGCUGUCGGAGAGGAAGACGGAGCUGGAACGGCGGAUGCAGGUCGUGCUGGAGGAGAAAGAAGUGCUUAGGAAUACCGUAGAAGACCUCAGAGAGAAGACGCUGGUGUUGGAGAGGCAGUGUCACGAGAAAGACCAACAGUUGCAGCAGAGUCAGGUGGCGCUUCUGGAGGUUCAGUUGUCCCACAGACAGCUGGCAGCUCAACUAGAGGAGCUAACAGAGGAGAACAGCCUGCAAAGCCUCACCCCUCACCGGUCUAGCCUAUUGUGUGAGAUAGAACAAAGUAUGGAACAGGAGGAGCAGGAGCAGGAGAGGGAGCAGCUGCGUCUUCAACUAUGGCAGGCCUACUGUGAGGUGCGCUCACUGUGCUCCCAUCUCCGGGGUAACGACGUCACAGACUCUGCGCUAUCCACAGAUUCUUCCAUGGACGAGUCCUCGGAGACGUCCUCAGCCAAGGACAUACCUACUGGGAGCCUUCAUGCCAACCUGCUAGAACUACGCAGGCUGACACAGAACCUGCUUGAUGGCAACGAGUCCACGGGCUCUCGGCGCAGUGACGAGGAAGCUUUGGAAGAACAGUUGAGGAAGCUUGGAGAAGAACUAAGAGAAGUCCGAGAACUGUAUGAAGUGGAGCAGGACAAGACGCACAACAGUAAAGAGGAGCUGCUACAGCUGCACAAUCAGAUGACGCUGCUCUCAGUAGAAAUGUGUUCCCUCCAAGAGGAGACUGAGCUGAUGAGGACCAUGGCUGAGGUCCGAGAGCCCAGCGAGCAGCUCCAGAGUGCAAUCAAAGACAGAGAUGAGGCCAUUGCAAAGAAGAAGGCAGUGGAGAUGGAGCUGGCCAAGUGUAAAAUAGACAUCAUGUCUUUAAAUAGUCAGCUUCUGGACGCCAUCCAACAGAAGCUCAACCUAUCACAGCAGCUGGAAGCCUGGCAGGAUGACAUGCACAGAGUGAUUGACCAGCAGUUGAUGGACAAGCACCAGGACGAGUGGCGGUCUCCUCACCCCUCGGGGUCGUCGAGGGCUCACAGCGCUCAGUCCUCCAGACGAGCUCUCCGCAUCUCCGACAGGGACAGAAGACUCUUUUCUUUUUUCAAAAAGAAUUAAGGAGACAAAAGAAAAGCCAGGCCAGGUCCCGCCGAAGAAGGGAGCGGCGUGACAGCACAGGUGUAAAGACCACCCAAACACACACACACACACCCUGUCUGAUUGGGGUUAUUCCUUCACAGUGAAAUGGUAACAACUUGAUUUCGAAGUAAGGACUUGAUGUGGUUUCCACUGAGGAAAGUUUCCUUGUAGUGCCUAAAUGAUCCAUUGCUUCUUCCUGCCAGCUCUGUAGGACAGGGGCCCCCAACCGCCGGCCCAGGGACCGCUACUGUUCUGCCACGCAUUUGCUACCGAGAAACAUUUCAAUAUUUGUUAAUGAGCUCGUUUUCUCCAAUUUAACUUUUGCCAGUCCCACGACACACCAAUCAGUUUGAUGAAUACAUGAAAAUACACCAUUUGUUAGAUCUUUGUUACAUGGAACAAUGCACAUUCAUGAACAUAAUAUGUUAAUGGCUAAACACCAUCUGCAGUCCCCAGCAGGUUGAUGGUAUAUAAUAUAUACAUGCAGGUUGAUGGUGUAUAAUACAAACCCCGUUUCCAUAUGAGUUGGGAAAUUGUGUUAGAUGUAAAUAUAAACGGAAUACAAUGAUUUGCAAAUCAUUUUCAACCCAUAUUCAGUUGAAUAUGCUACAAAGACAACAUAUUUGAUGUUCAAACUGAUUAACAUUUUUUUUUGUUGCAAAUAAUCAUUAACUUUAGAAUUUGAUGCCAGCAACACGUGACAAAGAAGUUGGGAAAGGUGGCAAUAAAUACUGAUAAAGUUGAGGAAUGCUCAUCAAACACUUAUUUGGAACAUCCCACAGGUGAACAGGCAAAUUGGGAACAGGUGGGUGCCAUGAUUGGGUAUAAAAGUAGAUUCCAUGAA